CAAAACGACAAUAGUGAUAAGGGGGAUAAAAAGAAGAAACGCUGUGUCCCAUUUUUGCCUGUGACUCAUGUUAUUUAUCGCUCGAACACACACUUUAUUCACUGCUCAGAGAAAUUGUCGGUUAGUUCUCUGUCAGGCGCAGGUGGCAAGGCGGGCACGGUUCGGAUGUGGAUGCAACUCGGAUCUGAUUAUUAAGAGCAAGCAGUCCUAGGGGUGGAGCUUUAAGCAUCACCGUGAAGACAACGCUGAUCUCAGGAACUGGGAAUAGGAUUUUUCGAGCCGGGCGGUCGACUGGAAGUGCAAGAAUAGGAGGAGGGUGGAAAAACCUGGGCAGUGUGUAUAUUGAGACAAGGGUACCGCUAAUGCAAGGCGCAUGUCUACUGGAUAUGGUGGCUUUUCAUUCACGUUAAAAAGGAACAAAAUGAUUAUUCUUCCCGGAUCUUUUGAUAUAUAGCUAAGCAAAACUACAGCUUUAUUGAAGCUAUAAUUUGCACGAGGUACAUUUUCUAUUCGGUUUUGCUAAUUAUUGUCGCCCUUAAUUUACCGUGGGUUUUGGUGAAUCAUGCUACCGUGUCCCUCUCCGCCGACGGUGGUGAAGGAAGAAAACGAAGAUGAAGGUGAAGCCCAGAAAGUAAAAACAGAGUGUAAGAGGCUGACAGAGGAGAGAGAUGAGGCUGAAAGACAACUGAAACACAUCAAGCGUGUGUCCCAAAUGGUGAUCGAAGAGGUGAGCGUUCUGCAGACUCAGCUGGAGAUAGAGAAGUCCUGCAGAGAGAAUGCGGAAGCUCUGGCCACCAAGCUGAACUGUGAGAACAGGAAGCUGAAGUACCUGAGCCUGUCAUCUCGGCCCUGCCUGGACGAGCUGCUGCCGAGCCUCUCUGACUGCAUCGCCCUGGAGGAGGAGGCGGAGCCUCAGGACCACAGCCCAGACCCCUACACCCAGUACCAGCAGCAGGUCAAAGACCUGCAGGAGACGGUGAACUCGCUGCUGGAGGAGAAGAAGCACUUUGCCUGUCAGCUGCAGGACCAGCGGAGGCAGAUAGAGGAACUGACUGCACGCAGUGAAAAGGAUCAGGCUGAGAUGAAGGAGCUUUACAAAACCAUCGAACAGCAGAGCAAGACCAUCAAGAGAUUCAACAGAGUGUCCAUGAUGGCUGCUCACGAGUACGAGGGGCUGAAGGAACAGCUAGACCUGGAGCAGAACCUGAGGCAGAAAGCAGAGACCUAUGCGCACGAGAUGUUGGUGAAGCAGAAGGAGGCCAACCGGCAGAGCAUGAUCCUGCUGCAGAACGCAGACCCAAGCCUACAGCUGCUCAAGGCCCUGGAGGACGUGGCCAACAUCACCAAAACCCUGGAGCAGGAACGGCUGCAGCACCAGCAGAAGGUGAAGGGCCUGGAGGCAGAACUGGAUGAGUGCGCCCUCCGCAGGCAGCUGCUGGAAGUGCAGAAGCAGCUGGAACUGUUGGAGGAGGAGAAGCGUGAGGUGGAGGGGCGGCUGCAAGAGGCAGAGAGAAGUAACAGUAGCCUGGAGCAGCGAGUGCAAGAGCUGCUGACGGCACAGAAGAACACAGAUUCAGCACCAGGGCCAGCUCCUGGGACCGCCCCUCCCCCUGCUCCCCCACCCCAGCCCCCACCACCUCCCCCUCCCCCUCCACCUCCUCCCCCACCUCCUCCUCCCUCACGCUGCAACCCCCUCAGUUCCCUCAUUGCAAUAAUGAGAAAAUCCUCCAAAGGCAAUAAGGGACCCAUGAAGUCAGAGCAGGUCCCAGAGAGUGCAGGCAUGGAUGAUGUGAAAGUGAAGGCUGUUAAUGAGAUGAUGGAAAGGAUUAAACAUGGAGUUGUCCUGAGGCCUGUCAAGGGGCAAGACACCAAGAGAUUCGGCAUCAAGGAAAGAGAUGGCAUGAAUCACAUUCAUUCCCCAUGUAUUUCGGGUGAUAUUUGGAUGAAAAAGAACGUUCUCUCUUCACACCAGCACCCCCCGGUGGCUGAAGAGAGACAGCAAGAGAGUGCAAUGGAGGAACUGAAGGGCAUUCUGGAGACAGUCAAGAAGAGUCCCAGCCGGGGCUUUCCUGAGGCAUUGCCGGGAAAGAAGGACAGUGAACUGGAAGUGAUUCUGAGGAGGAGACGCAAACAGGCCUGUGACCCAGGUUCAGGAGAUGAGAGGGACGGUCAGAUCAGUAAGUUCUCUUCCUCGGAGAGUCUGAAUGCCCGGAACAGCUCCGACUCGGGCAAGGAGCCAGGAGGGUGCAGACGCAGCUCUGACUCGGGCAGAGAAGCUGACGGCUCCAGGCGCAUCUCUGACGCUGGCAAGGAGCCAUCCGGGCUCAGGCGCAGUUCGGACUCUGGCAGAGAGCCCGUUGUGAUGAGGCGCAGUUCCGACUCUGGCAGGGAGCCCAGGGGGUCCUGGCAGGGGGGCAGCGCCCGCAGCUCUUUGUCCGAGAAAGGGGCCUGUGAGGUGGUAACAAAUGGCUGCUGUGACGGUGAGGAGGAUGAGAAGCAGAAAUUGGAGAAAUGUGCGCAAUCCAAUGGAAUCAGUCACGCCGUCCUACAGCAGGACAAGCAUGCCACCUUAACACCAGGAUCGCCAGCAGGCCCCAACCCCCUGAAUGGGAGCGCUGACGCAGAGUGUUAACAGCAUUCCCAGUGGCAGUCACAAGGCGGCAGCAGAGACAAGCAGUGCAGGACAGGGCAAGGAGAGCUGCACAAUUUGCACAGAAUCUCGAUUUGUUUUUUAACUUUAGACACCUGACCUGAGCUUUAGUUUUUUCUUUAGUUUUGAAUGCACACUGUCUGCUAGUGUGGGCUUGUGUCUGUUUAUGAAAAACAUUAUUGUCUUGUUUAUAACACAACACAAUAGUUUUAUUUGUGUUUCUCUAUUUAGUGAAGUUAACAGACUGUAGAAUAUCUGAACACCUGCUCUUUUUAAGAAUUUACU